AGAUGAGAAAGUUCCGUUUUCCUGUUUGUGUGAGUUUUGUGCAGCUUCCUGUGAUACCACAUUGAAUCUGCCUGAGGAAGCCAUCUCUGAGUGCUCUGCGAGUGUGUGCGAGCCAAAUCUGUUUUGAACAGAUCCUUCCCAUUGUCCUGCCUGGAUAACAGCCUGCACAGAAUCUUUGCCAGUCCGUUAUUCGACAGAAAGCAGGCAGCGUUGCAGGAGCACAUUAUCAGAGAUGGCUUCAAAAAGCUGUAUCGCUAUCACAAAGUAUUUCUUGUUUAUCUUCAACCUCUUUUUCUUUUUCCUGGGCGGAGUGAUGUUGGGUUUUGGCCUUUGGAUUCUUAUUGACAAAACGAGCUUCAUUGCAGUGCUGGAAACCGCAUCGGUCCCUCUCCACCUCUGGUCGUACUUGUUCUCCGGCCUCGGCAUCUUCACCAUGAUGAUGGGGUUCCUCGGGUGCCUCGGUGCGCUGAAGGAAAUCAAGUGCAUGUUGGGAAUUUACUUCAUAUUACUUGUGUUCCUGAUGGCAUUCCAGAUCACCAUCGGAGUUCUGGUUUACACACAGAGGAAGGUGAUUGAGAGGAAGCUAAGUUUCGCAGUGAAAGACCUGAUUACGAAGUACAACCGGAAUGACAAACAGUUUCAGAACCUGGAGGACAGUUGGGAUUAUAUCCAGCUCAAGUUCGCUUGUUGCGGCUGGAACAACUCUAUGGAGUGGCAGAAGAACCCUAGCAUUGUAAGCAAUGCUUCAGAGCCGAGUGAAAAACAGUUCUUCCCCUUCCCGUGUUCCUGCCACAGCUCUUUCUCCAAAAAUUUCACCGACUUGAACGUCACGCAGGAAGUUGGGUUCUGCCGAGCUCCUGGCAGCAGCCCACUGACGGAGAAGACCCAGGGCUGCAGGAAGAGGGUGUUUGAGUGGGUGCAAGAAAACGUCAUCAGCAUAACGAUCAUCUGCAUUGGUAUCACUGUGGUAGAGCUCCUUGGGAUGUCGCUAUCGAUGUUAUUGUGUAGAAACAUCGACCCCGACUACGACAAACUCAUUCGCUUUCAGUAAACUGGAAACCUUGUGGGCAAGUGUGGAAGGAUUGAAAACCAGCCAAGUUUAUUUUUCUCUUUUAAAUCUUCCUGCCGUAAUUUUACUUCUAAUUCAGUGUUUAAUCCCUGGAGGGAUUUGACUGGGAUCUACAUUUCUGAUACUGAACCCGCUGGGAAUAAUGGACUCCCACUACUAACCUUAAUCUAGACCAUUUUACUCCAGAGAAAUGAAUUCAACACAAUCCAUGAGACCCUGGCAUUUUAUCGGGGAGUAGAAUCGACCCAAUGGAUGUGAAUCGGGACCACGGUGAAACAUUCCAUACUGGAAAAGAUUACGUUUUGUCCGGGGAAUCCUUCCACCUGCACUAGACUUCAGUUUGUUCCUGACCGGCCAACGGAUUGGGGUUGGAUGAUAUAGACACCAACACGAGUGUGUUUUGAUUUUUACUUAGGUUGUUAAAAAUCAACAAUUUUUCCAGGUUGAAUGAGCAGAAAUCAAAUGUGGAUUGGUGUCUUAGUGGAAUGUUUGUUGAUUUGUCAGUUGGACUUUAUAUAAAGUGGCUGUCACUGCCCAUUUAGGUCCUCCAGAACCAUUUCAGUACGGUUGGACAUCUUGUGGGUUCAGAAGUAGUGUUGGUGUAGAGUUUGCUUUUCCAAGCAUGCAUGGUGUGGCAAUCUUCAUUACAGUGCUCUGAAGUUAGAGUGAAGAACACACAAUUGGAUGCAAGCAUGCAAGCCUUGCAUUAUUAAUUUAAAGGGAGUUUUUUUUAAAGUUUUCAUGAUUUUGUUGCAGUGAAUAGUUAAUGAAUUGUUUCAAAAUAAUUCCUCUCCAUUUUGAUUGCAAUGCCCAAGCUCGUUGUCUUUUCAUUCCUGACCCCACUGGUGAAAUAAUGUACCUUCUGGCACAUCGGGCGGCAACUUUGCCGCGUUUCUUUUUCCACCGUUCGUCCGUUUUACGAGGCCGGGUCGCCAGCUUGGCGCUCAACCCAGCACGAAUGGAAAGAGAGCAAGGAGCCGGCUGGAUUUGAACCUGGGACCUCUCGCUCCGAAGUCUGGGGCGGGGGGGGGGGUGGAUACCACUACACCACUGGCCCAGAGAAACGCCACUGGAGGCCUUCAAAGCUUUCUGUAAGAUGCCUUGUGCGCUGAUCAGCAGUGGGACAGGAAAGGUUUCUUUCCGAUGAAAGUAUAGGCCAUCCCUUCAGUAACCAACAGUAGCCCCUGGCUUGUGUCACACUGAGCAGAGACUUUGCAGUAAAUCUCCAUGAUCACCCUGAACUCAAGGGAUUUUGGAGAACCUUCCCUGGGAUUAGCCUUGUGGGCAGUGGCAUCUUCCGCUGUAGGUGGGUUCUGAAAUGCAGAUUUGAGAAAUGGUGCUGAGUCAGGUAUUUAGAAGGUCAUCAGUAAACCAUGGUAUCUCUCACAAUGGAGAGUUCUGGCAGAAUCCUGUCCCAAUUUUUACAUUUCAUAGACGUAUUCUUUAACAACAUUAUCACAGGCUGCAUGCUGGGGUUAUCAGGAUGUGGUUGUUCAUUCCUGCUCAUUGUACUAGACGUCAGGCAGAUGGUCCUCCUCGCUGUAUCAGCCGGACUGGUGCAAUUUUAAUCUUCUCUCUUGGGGGUGCGGACAUCUUUUUCAUGUGACUGAGCACUUGCAGCCCAGGCUGCAGAACCGCACCUUUCACGGGCCCAAAGUUCAGGCUGAGGCACCGGAGCUACACUGAGGGAGUGUCUCACUGUCUGAGGGACGGUGCUGAGGGAGUGUCUCACUGUCAGAGGGACAGUACUGAGGGAGUGUCUCACUGUGGGAGGGACAGUACUGAGGGAGUGUCUCACUGUCUGAGGGACGGUGCUGAGGGAGUGUCUCGCUGUCGGAGGGGCAGUACUGAGGGAGUGUCUCACUGUCUGAGGGACAGUACUGAGGGAGUGUCUCACUGUCUGAGGGACAGUACUGAGGGAGUGUCUCACUGUCUGAGGGACGGUGCUGAGGGAGUGUCUCACUGUCUGAGGGACAGUACUGAGGGAGUGUCACACUGUCAGAGGGACAGUACUGAGGGAGUGUCUCACUGUCUGAGGGACGGUGCUGAGGGAGUGUCUCACUGUCGGAGGGGCAGUACUGAGGGAGUGUCUCACUGUCUGAGGGACGGUGCUGAGGGAGUGUCUCACUGUCGGAGGGGCAGUACUGAGGGAGUGUCUCACUGUCUGAGGGACGGUGCUGAGGGAAUGCCUCACUGUCGGAGGGGCAGUGCUGAGGGAGUGUCUCGCUGGUCUGAGGGACGGUGCUGAGGGAGUGCCUCACUGUCGGAGGGGCGGUGCUGAGGGAGUGUCUAGCUGGUCGGAGUGACGGUGCUGAGGGAGUGCCUCACUGUCGGAGGGGCAGUACUGAGGGAGUGUCUCACUGUCUGAGGAACGGUGCUGAGGGAGUGUCUCACUGUCGGAGGGGCGGUGCUGAGGGAGUGUCUAGCUGGUCGGAGUGACGGUGCUGAGGGAGUGUCUCACUUUCGGAGGGACAGUACUGAGGGAGUGUCUCACUGUCGGAGUGACGGUGCUGAGGGAGUGUCUCACUGUCGGAGGGACAGUACCGAGGCAGUGACUUGCUGUCAGACGGACAGUACCGAGGGAGUGUCUCACUGUCAGAGGGACAGUACCGAGGGAGUGUCUGGCUGGUCGGAGUGACGGUGCUGAGGGAUUGCCUCACUGUCGGAGGGUCAGUACUGAGAGAGUGUCUCACUUUUCGGAGUGACGGUGCUGAGGGAGUGUCUCACUGUCGGAGGGACAGUACCGAGGGAGUAACUUGCUGUCAGAAGGACAGUACCGAGGAAGUGCCUCACUGUCGGAGGGACAGUACCGAGGGACUGUCUCGCUGGUCGGAGUGACGGUGCUGAGGGAGUUCCUCACUGUCGGAGGGGCAGUACCGAGGGAGUGUCUCGCUGGUUGGAGUGACGGUGCUGAGGGGGUGCCUCACUGUCGGAGGGACAGUGCUGAGGGAGUGUCUCACUGUCAGAGGGACAGUACUGAGGGAGUGUCACACUGUCGGAGGGACAGUGCCGAGGGAGUGUCUCACUGUCAGAGGGACAGUACCGAGGGAGUGUCUCACUGGUCGGAGUGAUGGUGCUGAGGGAGUUCCUCACUGUCGGAGGUACAGUACCGAGGGAGUGUCUCACUGUCAGAGGGACAGUACUGAGGGAGUGUCUCACUGUCGGAGGGUCAGUACCGAGGGAGUGUCUCACUGUCGGAGUGAUGGUACCGAGGAAGUGCCUCACUGUCGAAGGGACAGUGCCGAGGGAGUGCCUCACUGUCGGAGGGGCAGUACCGAGGGAGUGCCUCACUGUCGGAUGGCAGUACCGAGGGAGUGUCUCACUGUCAGAGGGACAGUACCGAGGGAUUGUCACACUGUCAGAGGGGCAGUACCGAGGGAGUGUCACACUGUCAGAGGGACAGUACCGAGGGAGUGUCUCAGUGUCGGAGUGACGGUGCUGAGGGAGUGUCUCAUUGUCGGAGGGACAGUACUGAGGGAGUGCCUCACUGUCGGAGGGACAGCACCGAGGGAGUGCCUCACUGUCAGAGGGACAGUGCCGAGGGACUGUCUCGCUGGUCAGAGUGACAGUGCUGAGGGAGUGCCUCACCGUCGGAGGGGCAGUACCGAGGGAGUGUCUCACUGUCAGAGGGAUCGUACCGAGGGAGUGUCUCGCUGGUCGGAGUGAUGGUGCUGAGGGAGUUCCUCACUGUCGGAGGGACAGGACCGAGGGAGUGUCUCACUGUCGGAGGGGCAGUACCGAGGGGGUGUCUCGCUGGUCGGAGUGAUGGUGCUGAGGGAGUGCCUCACUGUCGGAGGGACAGUGCUGAGGGAGUGCCUCACUGUCGGAGGGACAGUGUUGAGGGAGUGUCUCACUGUCAGAGGGACAGUACUGAGGGAGUGUCACACUGUCAGAGGGACAGUUCUGAGGGAGUGUCUCACUGUGGGAGGGACGGUACUGAGGGAGUGUCUCACUGUCGGAGGGACAGUACCGACGGAGUGUCUCACUGUCGGAGUGACGGUGCUGAGGGAGUGUCUCACUGUCGAAGGGACAGUACCGAGGGAGUGUCUCGCUGUCGGAGGGGCAGUACCAAGGGAGUGUCUCGCUGGUCGGAGUGAUAGUGCUGAGGGAGUGCCUCACUGUCGGAGGGACAGUGCUGAGGGAGUGUCUCACUGUCAGAGGGACAGUACUGAGGGAGUGCCUCACUGUCGGAGGGGCAGUGCCGAGGCAGUGUCUCGCUGAUUAGAGUGACGGUGCUGAGGGAGUGCCUCGCUGUCAGAGGGACAGUACCGAGGGAGUGCCUCGCUGGUCGGAGUGACGGUGCUGAGGGAGUGCCUCACUGUCGGAGGGGCAGUACCGAGGGAUUGUCCCGCUGGUCGGAGUGACGGUGCUGAGGGAGUGCCUCACUGUCGGAGGGACAGUACCGAGGGAGUGCCUCGCUGGUCGGAGUGACGGUGCUGAGGGAGUGUCUCACUGUCGGAGGGACAGUACCGAGGGAGUGUCUCACUGUCGGAGGGGCAGUACCAAGGGAGUGUCUCGCUGGUCGGAGUGACGGUGCUGAGGGAGUGCCUCACUGUCGGAGGGACAGUGCUGAGGGAGUGCCUCACUGUCGGAGGGACAGUACUGAGGGAGUGUCUCACUGUGGGAGGGACGGUGCUGAGGGAGUGUCUCACUGUCUGAGGGACAGUACUGAGGGAGUGUCUCACUGUCUGAGGGACAGUACCGAGGGAGUGUCUCACUGUCGGAGUGAUGGUACCGAGGAAGUGCCUCACUGUCGAAGGGACAGUGCCGAGGGAGUGCCUCACUGUCGGAGGGGCAGUACCGAGGGAGUGCCUCACUGUCGGAUGGCAGUACCGAGGGAGUGUCUCACUGUCAGAGGGACAGUACCGAGGGAUUGUCACACUGUCAGAGGGGCAGUACCGAGGGAGUGUCACACUGUCAGAGGGACAGUACCGAGGGAGUGUCUCAGUGUCGGAGUGACGGUGCUGAGGGAGUGUCUCAUUGUCGGAGGGACAGUACUGAGGGAGUGCCUCACUGUCGGAGGGACAGCACCGAGGGAGUGCCUCACUGUCAGAGGGACAGUGCCGAGGGACUGUCUCGCUGGUCGGAGUGACAGUGCUGAGGGAGUGCCUCACCGUCGGAGGGGCAGUACCGAGGGAGUGUCUCACUGUCAGAGGGAUCGUACCGAGGGAGUGUCUCGCUGGUCGGAGUGAUGGUGCUGAGGGAGUUCCUCACUGUCGGAGGGACAGUACCGAGGGAGUGUCUCACUGUCGGAGGGGCAGUACCGAGGGGGUGUCUCGCUGGUCGGAGUGAUGGUGCUGAGGGAGUGCCUCACUGUCGGAGGGACAGUGCUGAGGGAGUGCCUCACUGUCGGAGGGACAGUGUUGAGGGAGUGUCUCACUGUCAGAGGGACAGUACUGAGGGAGUGUCACACUGUCAGAGGGACAGUUCUGAGGGAGUGUCUCACUGUGGGAGGGACGGUACUGAGGGAGUGUCUCACUGUCGGAGGGACAGUACCGACGGAGUGUCUCACUGUCGGAGUGACGGUGCUGAUGGAGUGUCUCACUGUCGAAGGGACAGUACCGAGGGAGUGUCUCGCUGUCGGAGGGGCAGUACCGAGGGAGUGUCUCGCUGGUCGGAGUGAUAGUGCUGAGGGAGUGCCUCACUGUCGGAGGGACAGUGCUGAGGGAGUGUCUCACUGUCAGAGGGACAGUGCCGAGGGACUGUCUCGCUGGUCGGAGUGACAGUGCUGAGGGAGUGCCUCACCGUCGGAGGGGCAGUACCGAGGGAGUGUCUCACUGUCAGAGGGAUCGUACCGAGGGAGUGUCUCGCUGGUCGGAGUGAUGGUGCUGAGGGAGUUCCUCACUGUCGGAGGGACAGUACCGAGGGAGUGUCUCACUGUCGGAGGGGCAGUACCGAGGGGGUGUCUCGCUGGUCGGAGUGAUGGUGCUGAGGGAGUGCCUCACUGUCGGAGGGACAGUGCUGAGGGAGUGCCUCACUGUCGGAGGGACUGUGUUGAGGGAGUGUCUCACUGUCAGAGGGACAGUACUGAGGGAGUGUCACACUGUCAGAGGGACAGUUCUGAGGGAGUGUCUCACUGUGGGAGGGACGGUACUGAGGGAGUGUCUCACUGUCGGAGGGACAGUACCGACGGAGUGUCUCACUGUCGGAGUGACGGUGCUGAUGGAGUGUCUCACUGUCGAAGGGACAGUACCGAGGGAGUGUCUCGCUGUCGGAGGGGCAGUACCGAGGGAGUGUCUCGCUGGUCGGAGUGAUAGUGCUGAGGGAGUGCCUCACUGUCGGAGGGACAGUGCUGAGGGAGUGUCUCACUGUCAGAGGGACAGUACUGAGGGAGUGCCUCACUGUCGGAGGGGCAGUGCCGAGGCAGUGUCUCGCUGAUUAGAGUGACGGUGCUGAGGGAGUGCCUCGCUGUCAGAGGGACAGUACCGAGGGAGUGCCUCGCUGGUCGGAGUGACGGUGCUGAGGGAGUGCCUCACUGUCGGAGGGGCAGUACCGAGGGAUUGUCCCGCUGGUCGGAGUGACGGUGCUGAGGGAGUGCCUCACUGUCGGAGGGACAGUACUGAGGGAGUGCCUCGCUGGUCGGAGUGACGGUGCUGAGGGAGUGUCUCACUGUCGGAGGGACAGUACCGAGGGAGUGUCUCACUGUCGGAGGGGCAGUACCAAGGGAGUGUCUCGCUGGUCGGAGUGACGGUGCUGAGGGAGUGCCUCACUGUCGGAGGGACAGUGCUGAGGGAGUGCCUCACUGUCGGAGGGACAGUACUGAGGGAGUGUCUCACUGUGGGAGGGACAGUACUGAGGGAGUGUCUCACUGUCUGAGGGACGGUGCUGAGGGAGUGUCUCACUGUCUGAGGGACAGUACUGAGGGAGUGUCUCACUGUCUGAGGGACAGUACUGAGGGAGUGUCUCACUGUCUGAGGGACGGUGCUGAGGGAGUGUCUCACUGUCGGAGGGGCAGUACUGAGGGAGUGUCUCACUGUCUGAGGGACGGUGCUGAGGGAAUGCCUCACUGUCGGAGGGGCAGUGCUGAGGGAGUGUCUCGCUGGCCUGAGGGACGGUGCUGAGGGAGUGCCUCACUGUCGGAGGGGCAGUACCGAGGGAGUGUCUCACUGUCUGAGGGACGGUGCUGAGGGAGUGUCUCACUGUCGGAGGGACAGUACCGAGGAAGUGCCUCACUGUAGAAGGGACAGUGCCGAGGGAGUGUCUCACUGUCGGAGGGGCGGUGCUGAGGGAGUGUCUAGCUGGUCGGAGUGACGGUGCUGAGGGAGUGUCUCACUUUCGGAGGGACAGUACUGAGGGAGUGUCUCACUGUUGGAGUGACGGUGCUGAGGGAGUGUCUCACUGUCGGAGGGACAGUACCGAGGGAGUGUCUCGCUGGUCGGAGUGACGGUGCUGAGGGAUUGCCUCACUGUCGGAGGGUCAGUACUGAGGGAGUGUCUCGCUGUCGGAGUGACGGUGCUGAGGGAGUGUCUCACUGUCGGAGGGACAGUACCGAGGGAGUAACUUGCUGUCAGAAGGACAGUACCGAGGAAGUGCCUCACUGUCGGAGGGACAGUACCGAGGGACUGUCUCACUGGUCGGAGUGACGGUGCUGAGGGAGUUCCUCACUGUCGGAGGGGCAGUACCGAGGGAGUGUCUCGCUGGUCGGAGUGACGGUGCUGAGGGAGUGCCUCACUGUCGGAGGGACAGUGCUGAGGGAGUGCCUCACCGUCGGAGGGGCAGUACCGAGGGAGUGUCUCACUGUCAGAGGGAUCGUACCGAGGGAGUGUCUCGCUGGUCGGAGUGAUGGUGCUGAGGGAGUUCCUCACUGUCGGAGGGACAGUACCGAGGGAGUGUCUCACUGUUGGAGGGGCAGUACCGAGGGGGUGUCUCGCUGGUCGGAGUGAUGGUGCUGAGGGAGUGCCUCACUGUCGGAGGGACAGUGUUGAGGGAGUGUCUCACUGUCAGAGGGACAGUACUGAGGGAGUGUCACACUGUCAGAGGGACAGUUCUGAGGGAGUGUCUCACUGUGGGAGGGACGGUACUGAGGGAGUGUCUCACUGUCGGAGGGACAGUACCGACGGAGUGUCUCACUGUCGGAGUGACGGUGCUGAGGGAGUGUCUCACUGUCGAAGGGACAGUACCGAGGGAGUGUCUCGCUGUCGGAGGGGCAGUACCGAGGGAGUGUCUCGCUGGUCGGAGUGAUAGUGCUGAGGGAGUGCCUCACUGUCGGAGGGGCAGUGCCGAGGCAGUGUCUCGCUGAUUAGAGUGACGGUGCUGAGGGAGUGCCUCGCUGUCAGAGGGACAGUACCGAGGGAGUGCCUCGCUGGUCGGAGUGACGGUGCUGAGGGAGUGCCUCACUGUCGGAGGGGCAGUACCGAGGGAUUGUCCCGCUGGUCGGAGUGACGGUGCUGAGGGAGUGCCUCACUGUCGGAGGGACAGUACCGAGGGAGUGCCUCGCUGGUCGGAGUGACGGUGCUGAGGGAGUGUCUCACUGUCGGAGGGACAGUACCGAGGGAGUGUCUCACUGUCGGAGGGGCAGUACCAAGGGAGUGUCUCGCUGGUCGGAGUGACGGUGCUGAGGGAGUGCCUCACUGUCGGAGGGACAGUGCUGAGGGAGUGCCUCACUGUCGGAGGGACAGUACUGAGGGAGUGUCUCACUGUGGGAGGGACAGUACUGAGGGAGUGUCUCACUGUCUGAGGGACGGUGCUGAGGGAGUGUCUCACUGUCUGAGGGACAGUACUGAGGGAGUGUCUCACUGUCUGAGGGACAGUACUGAGGGAGUGUCUCACUGUCUGAGGGACGGUGCUGAGGGAGUGUCUCACUGUCGGAGGGGCAGUACUGAGGGAGUGUCUCACUGUCUGAGGGACGGUGCUGAGGGAAUGCCUCACUGUCGGAGGGGCAGUGCUGAGGGAGUGUCUUGCUGGUCUGAGGGACGGUGCUGAGGGAGUGCCUCACUGUCGGAGGGGCAGUACCGAGGGAGUGUCUCACUGUCUGAGGGACGGUGCUGAGGGAGUGUCUCACUGUCGGAGGGACAGUACCGAGGGAGUGACUUGCUGUCAGAAGGACAGUACCGAGGAAGUGCCUCACUGUAGAAGGGACAGUGCCGAGGGAGUGUCUCACUGUCGGAGGGGCGGUGCUGAGGGAGUGUCUAGCUGGUCGGAGUGACGGUGCUGAGGGAGUGUCUCACUUUCGGAGGGACAGUACUGAGGGAGUGUCUCACUGUUGGAGUGACGGUGCUGAGGGAGUGUCUCACUGUCGGAGGGACAGUACCGAGGGAGUGUCUCGCUGGUCGGAGUGACGGUGCUGAGGGAUUGCCUCACUGUCGGAGGGUCAGUACUGAGGGAGUGUCUCGCUGUCGGAGUGACGGUGCUGAGGGAGUGUCUCACUGUCGGAGGGACAGUACCGAGGGAGUAACUUGCUGUCAGAAGGACAGUACCGAGGAAGUGCCUCACUGUCGGAGGGACAGUACCGAGGGACUGUCUCGCUGGUCGGAGUGACGGUGCUGAGGGAGUUCCUCACUGUCGGAGGGGCAGUACCGAGGGAGUGUCUCGCUGGUCGGAGUGACGGUGCUGAGGGAGUGCCUCACUGUCGGAGGGACAGUGCUGAGGGAGUGUCUCGCUGUCGGAGGGGCAGUACCGAGGGAGUGUCUCGCUGGUCGGAGUGAUAGUGCUGAGGGAGUGCCUCACUGUCGGAGGGACAGUGCUGAGGGAGUGUCUCACUGUCAGAGGGACAGUACUGAGGGAGUGCCUCACUGUCGGAGGGGCAGUGCCGAGGCAGUGUCUCGCUGAUUAGAGUGACGGUGCUGAGGGAGUGCGUCGCUGUCAGAGGGACAGUACCGAGGGAGUGCCUCGCUGGUCGGAGUGACGGUGCUGAGGGAGUGCCUCACUGUCGGAGGGGCAGUACCGAGGGAUUGUCCCGCUGGUCAGAGUGACGGUGCUGAGGGAGUGCCUCACUGUCGGAGGGACAGUGCUGAGGGAGUGUCUCACUGUCAGAGGGACAGUACUGAGGGAGUGUCACACUGUCGGAGGGACAGUGCCGAGGGAGUGUCUCACUGUCAGAGGGACAGUACCGAGGGAGUGUCUCACUGGUCGGAGUGAUAGUGCUGAGGGAGUGCCUCACUGUCGUAGGGGCAGUGCCGAGGCAGUGUCUCGCUGAUUAGAGUGACGGUGCUGAGGGAGUGCCUCGCUGUCAGAGGGACAGUACCGAGGGAGUGCCUCGCUGGUCGGAGUGACGGUGCUGAGGGAGUGCCUCACUGUCGGAGGGGCAGUACCGAGGGAUUGUCCCGCUGGUCGGAGUGACGGUGCUGAGGGAGUGCCUCACUGUCGGAGGGACAGUACCGAGAGAGUGCCUCGCUGGUCAGAGUGACGGUGCUGAGGGAGUGUCUCACUGUCGAAGGGACAGUACCGAGGGAGUGUCUCACUGUCGGAGGGGCAGUACCGAGGGAGUGUCUUGCUGGUCGGAGUGACGGUGCUGAGGGAGUGCCUCACUGUCGGAGGGACAGUGCUGAGGGAGUGCCUCACUGUCGGAGGGACAGUACUGAGGGAGUGUCUCACUGUGGGAGGGACAGUACUGAGGGAGUGUCUCACUGUCGGAGGGACUGUACUAAGGGAGUGUCUCACUGUGGGAGGGACAGUACCGAGGGAGUGUCUCGCUGAUGGGAGUGACGGUGCUGAGGGAGUGCCUCACUGUCGGAGGGACAGUAUCGAGGGAGUGUCUCACUGUCUGAGGGACGGUGCUGAGGGAAUGCCUCACUGUCGGAGGGGCAGUUCUGAGGGAGUGUCUCGCUGGUCGGAGUGACGGUGCUGAGGGAGUGCCUCACUUUCGGAGGGACAGUACCGAGGGAGUGCCUCACUGGUCGGAGUGACGGUGCUGAGGGAGUGUCUCACUGUCGGAGGGACAGUACCGAGGGAGUGUCUCACUGUCGGAGGGGCAGUACCGAGGUAGUGUCUCGCUGGUCGGAGUGAAGGUGCUGAGGGAGUGCCUCACUGUCGGAGGGACAGUGCUGAGGGAGUGCCUCACUGUCGGAGGGACAGUGCUGAGGGAGUGCCUCACUGUCGGAGGGACAGUACUGAGGGAGUGUCUCACUGUGGUAGGGACAGUACUGAGGGAGUGUCUCGCUGAUGGGAGUGACGGUGCUGAGGGAGUGCCUCACUGUCGGAGGGACAGUACCGAGGGAGUGUCUCGCUGCUCGGAGUGACGGUGCUGAGGGAGUGCCUCACUGUCGGAGGGGCAGUACCGAGGGAGUGUCUCACUUGUCUGAGGGAUGGUGCUGAGGGAAUGCCUCACUGUCGGAGGGGCAGUGCUGAGGGAGUGUCUCGCUGGUCUGAGAGACAGUGCUGAGGGAGUGCCUCGCUGUCGGAGGGGCAGUACCGAGGGAGUGUCUCACUGUCUGAGGGACGGUGCUGAGGGAGUGUCUCACUGUCGGAGGGGCGGUGCUGAGGGAGUGUCUAGCUGGUCGGAGUGACGGUGCUGAGGGAGUGUCACACUGUCGGAGUGAUGGUGCUGAGGGAGUGUCUCACUGUCGGAGGGACGGUGCUGAGGGAGUGCCUCACUUUCGGAGGGACAGUACUGAGGGAGUGUCUCACUGUCGGAGUGACGGUGCUGAGGGAGUGUCUCAUUGUCGGAGGGACAGUACCGAGGGAGUGACUUGCUGUCAGAGGGACAGUACCGAGGGAGUGUCU